AUGACUGAAUCCGACCUUACUAGGGCCUUCGAUGCUAUCCUCAGGCAGGGGAGAGAGGCGAACAGCACACUCCUGGAGAGGCUCGCAAAGGUUGAAGAAAACCUGCGUCGACAGGAGAUGAUGCUACGGCUGCAGGACGUGGUGCUUACUUGCGCAGCGCCAGCAGCGCGGCAGGUGUUUGACAGCUCCACCGCCGAACAGAUUGAACGAGGCAUGGCUAGUGUGAUCCCAUGCGGUCGUGCAGCGCUACCCUCGCCGGAACUUGGUGACAUAGCUUUCCGUGCCGGGUCCUGUGGCGGGAACCAUCCCGCGGCCAGCUUAGAUGCACCACUCUCGAUGUCCUCCGACACCGUCGCGAGCGAGAGCUUAUCGGAGAGCCUGCUAGCGAGCACGCAGCCUACAGCUACAGAUGCUGUCACGGUUGAGGAUCCUGCGAAGACCAACCCCAUGGCCUCCUCUCAAUCAUCUCUUGCCACGACCCAGUCGCAUCUUGCAGCCGGCAACGGCGAGACUGGGUAUCCACUCGGAAGCAAUCUCGAGACCUUCUCCCAGCGGCCGUCUUCAGAGUCGCCAUCGGCUUUCGACUUCUCAGCUGCGGACGAGGGCUUUGGCAGUGAUUACGCAGAUUUAGAUUUGGAGCCCCUGGGCUUCACCGAUACCCAGAUCACGGAGAAGACCGCUGAGAAUAAUCUCGCUGGUAUGACAUCACAAAGACAGUCCGCGGAACGAAAUUUCGCUGGUAUCACAUCCCAAGGCACGUCUGCUGGGGAAGACCUCCGUUUUCAAGGCUCCUCCGAUACUCAGUUCACGGAGCAGGCUCCCAUAGAGAGGAUUUUCGUGAUUCAGGGCUCCAUGACGCCAUCCAAACGGCGUGCAUCACUGGGGUCUCAACCUCUCGAGGGCGAGGUACCGUCAUAG